GUAAGCAGCGUCCCAUUUUGGUCUGGUCCCUGAAACUCGAAUGGCCUAAAGAAGGAAUGUUGUUUCUAUUAAGAGGGUAUUCUUUAUAAAGCAUAUUUAAGCCAAGGUAAUUCUGUGUGAACUAGGCUUUAACAGCAGUAUAUGUGGCAGACGCUGUAAUGUGUUUUUUGACAGCUUUAGAAUUAGCAUGACUGACUUGACUUGCUAAUGUUUUCCCAACAAGCUCGCUAGCUAGCUUGUUUCAAGUUUGUUAUUUCGGCCACAGUAUCCAGCUAACUACUUACGGUCGUAUAAAGUCAUUUAAUCACGGUAUAGUUUUGUACAGGUAAGACUUUAUGCAAUAUUUUAGUGGUGUGCAUUGGUAUGUUUCGUUAGUUGCAACGGUGGCUAAUUAGGCUUCCAGUUAUCAUAUCGAUUUAGGUAACGAUAACUUGCAGAACACAGGUAACGUUAGCCUAUCUACUGUCAGGCAUAUUAUUAUCGGAUUGGUUAUGAGCACAUGAUGGUUGUACAGUAGCGUUAAGUCUAACUUGCCCUGUUGUAUUUAGGUCAAGCACAGGAAUAUCUGAUAGGGUAAAGGCGCCCCUUGGUAAGGUCAAACCUUUUAGGUGCAUCAUAAUAUAUGUUUUUGAAACAGUUAGAAUUACCCUAACAUCCACAAUGUCUUUAGUAGCAUAUGGAAGUAGCGAUUCUGACAGCGAUUCAGACGACAAGCCCGUUAGUCGCCCAGCAAUAAGCAAAGCUGGAGUGGGGCUGUUUUCAACCCUGCCGCCGCCGAAGAAUGCUCUACAGCAGAGUGUCUCUAGAGGAAGUAACUUUUCUACAACAGACAAUGGGUCGGACACUGUAACGCCAGGUUUUAUCAAGAAACCUCAAAGCAAUGUGGAAACGAAAGGUUUACUUUUUGAUUUGCCGAAGCCCAAGAAGAGGACAGAGCCAGUAAAAAUCACCAUUCCAGACAUAAAGAAUGCUGACUCUGACUCUGAGGAGGAUGAACCUGUGAAAAGAAAGAGAAUUCCUCAGGGCAGUGGACUAUCCGCUUUGCUUCCACAACCCAAAAACCUGAUUGUGAAAGAGACCAACCGUUCCUUAGUGCCACAUUCCCUCACCAGGCACGCGGCCCCAGCCUCGCGGACUCAGACAGCCACCCCCAAGAGCUUGUCCAGCUCCACCAAUGCUUCCCCCUCGGCCAUCAAGGCCGCGGCCAAGUCCGCCGCCAUGCUGCUCGCGAGACAGAUGGCCGCCGACGAGGAGGGCAGCGACGACGAGCUGACCCCCGAGAACUACUUCUCCCUGGGCGAGAGCGCGCAGCCCCCCCUGCUGGUCCCCAAGGACGACACGCUGCCCUCCGGACUCCCCCCGCCCCCCGGCACGGAGAACGCCCCGCUGCAGUUUGGUGCCCGCCUGCCGGGUUACGGGGGCGAAGGUGCGGACUUUGAUGUCCAACAGCAACAGGAGGCAGGCAUUCAGCAGUACCAGGAUCCGUCUGGGGAGCCAGGGGUGGCACCCGCCAGUGAGGGCUACUAUGCUGGUGGAUACUAUCCUGAAGCAGAGCCUGAACAGGCUGGAUCAUCCUCGUUGUUUGACGAUGAGGCAUUCCGGCGGUUGCAGGGCAAAAGGAAUCAGGGCAAAGAGGAGGUGAAGUUCCUGGAAAUCCGAGGUGAUGACCAGCUCAGCGGGACUCAGCAGUGGCUGACGAAGAACCUAUCGGAGGAGAAAGAGCAGCGCACGUCCUUCAGCAAGAAAAAGGGAGGACAACCUACUGGACAGCAGAGGCGCAAACACCAGAUAACAUAUCUGAUCCACCAGGCCAAGGAGCGGGAAUUGGAGCUGAAGAACAACUGGGCUGACAACAAGCUCACCCGCAGGCAGACACAAGCUAAAUAUGGCUUCUGAGGCUGUGGAGGGCGGCAGCCGCAACGUACUUCCCUGUAUAGCUCAAACAGCUCCACUGUCUUUCACUCCACACAGCGGGACACUGUGCAGGCCAGUGGAGGCAUGCACUGUUUGUAUGUGGUUAGUUUCAGUCCAUUUUGAGUUACUUCCACUCCCUGGGUUUUGUCCUUUCGGAACUGUUCUUCAGCGUGUACGUACUGUGUGUCCAUCUCCCCAGCCAAGGAGCUAUUGUGAAUACGCAAUGAGGUCAGUUUUCACUUGGUUCGUGCAUAAUCAUCUCAUCUGAGAAGUCGUUGACUGUGAAUUAAUGGCAUAUUUUAAAGAUGAACCCCCCCCCCAGUCCUUGUAAUUGACAUACACUUCACCUCUGUACAUAAGAAUGAACAUUAAACCAAGGUACCGUAUGAUGUCAUUUUCUUUGUGCAGAAUAACAUAUUUGCACCAUGCAGUUAUUCCCUCCCCUUAUUAGACCUUUCAACUUGUGUCAAAUUAAAGAGAAACUAUGCAGGAUUGGCGAUUUCAUCUCCGGUUUCGCUUUUCGUUUUCGCUCGUUUUAUGCUUGCAUAUUUCUCUGCAGAGCUUCCCCUACAGCUCUAGCGUGUAUAUUUAUAAAUAUAUAGGCUAUAUAUAUAUAUAUAUAUAUAUAUAUAUAAAUAAAUUGCAAGCGUGGUUCUUCUUGUUCCUUACGCGUCUCAGACUUCCAGAUGUAAACAAGGAGCGAUCGCCUCCUGCACAAACUGCAAGGUUGCAAUAGCGGAUAGGGACACUGGGGGCGGGAGGAAAUAUUACUGUUUUCGAUCAAACUGGUCAGACAACGAUUUCUAAGCGAUUUUAUGACUAUGAAAAAGUUGCAUAGGGUCUCUUUAAAGGUCAAGGGACAAAGCAUACCAAUUCCAAUAUCUUGCGACAAGAAUACAAACAUUGGUGUAUGUUUUUAUAGUUAACCCAAAUGGUUGUUCCCAAGUGCUGAAGCUCAGACCACAAAACCAAACCAUAAUCAUGUUUGCACCAUCAAUGUCCUUGAUUACUGUUACCAUGGCAUAGGCCGUCCUGGAACCAAAUGGAUGUCUGCACAGGCAACACAGUUAGAUUGUAGGGACUGUUGUUUGUCAGCAUCUUGCUCAAUCUGUCACCACAAUAAGUUCUUAUUUCCAAGUGUCCCUUUAACACUUCCACUUGCAAAAUGGACUGGUUUAUGCAUUUCUCUAGAAUUUGGCCUGAGAACUCACUGUAUGAAUCCUCACUCUUUUGUCCAUCACAUGUAGGGCUUGUUAACCUAGAUUCACCAUUUGAGCAGCUUUUAGUGAUAUUUAAUUCUGUGAGUCCCAGGUGUGUGUGUGUGUGUGUGUGUGUGUGUACAGACACGGCUGAAAAAUAUCCUUGGAUACGUGAAAUAAUAAAAUAAUCACUUAAAUUCCCUGUCCAUUCAAAGACAUCUUACAAAUCUCUUAAGCCUCUCCCUCUCUGCAUCAGAAGUAGAGGUGACCAGUAAUGCUCAUCAUGACUCAGAGCCUUAAUGCAAGCAAAUUUGUAUUUCUCCCCACAUCUUCAUUUGUAAGUCCUAUGAAAUAGACACACCCAUUACUUCUGAGGGUGUUUUAUUGUCUGUUCAUCCCUUGACCUCAUAGACAUUGUGUGCACUAAAUGAAGGAAAUGGCCCAGGCCCUGAAGUUAUUGGCUGAAAGCACGAGAAACCUACAUUAAUCUACUGAAAAACUUUUUCAAAAAUGAAUUUCAUAUAGCCAUUCCCUUGGCUUUGUGCUAGUAAAUUAUGUGUUAUGUAUUAGUGACUAAAUUCCCUGUCGUCUCGACUCAACGCUCAUGCAGUUUGAAGCAAAGGGUUGUGUUUGUGUGUGGCAUCACAGAUGCAUUUGUCCACAUGCACGAGCAAAAUAUCACAACUAAUCCAGUUGAAAUCAUUAUCAUGUAAAUUUAUUUUAAGGUAAUCUGAAUGAAAAGUAACUUCUAGCAAACAAAUCACCCCCCUUUUUAGCAAGGCCACACACAGAGCUUUUGUGACACAUUAGCUCAGUGAGCCAAAGGCCUGUCCUUACAUUGUUCCCUUUGGCGGACAAACAAAUCUAUGCUAAUUCCACCAUGGUAGCUAGCCAAUGAUUCCAUCAACACUUGGCAAAUCUUUUUCCUCUACUAGAGAUACAUAUAAUGCAACCGUUUGUGUUGCUUUGCAGCAAUAUGACUCCCUCGCCUUCUGCCAGCCAUAGGCAGAGAAUUUCAUGAUGUCAAACACGAUAGAUAUUUACAAUGGAAUGUUUACCAUUGCGGCAGAAUGCGUGUAUCUUUUUCAUCAAGCUGCAACAAUGUCCUUUUCAGGCAGAAUGAACUUGGCCGACAGUGUAGAGCGUGCUGCUUAAUUUAAAUAUCAAUAGCAUCUCAUGCAGUUUCUUAUCAGUAUCAGUGUUUCAUAUCAAUAAACUAUUUUCUACUCACUGUUGCAAAAUGUACAGGGCUUUUAUGAACUGC